AAAAAAACAGUGCAUGCAUUGGAAAGUGUUGGGUUCUUUCUUUCCUCUCUAUACAUGUCUGUGAACUCGUUGAUUUUGGUUGUCUUUGAUGUAGUGGCGUCGAAUUGAACUAUGAAACGCCCUCGGAAAUCGACAAUUCCGGCGCGUGGCCGGUUUACCCGGUUAUCGCGCACACGACAAGCCGGGCUUGAGAGUAUAUGGAUUGAUCUCUUGCCCCUAUAUCUUAAAGGAUCUGAAUUACUGUGGAAGCUGGUAACAAAGCUCAGACCGCCUGGUCUUUCUCUAUUUUAUUCACGUCAAAUUUCUAAUUGUAAUAGCUGGCAUAUCUUCCGCAUAGCCAUCCCCGCAUGCUCAACUUGAAAAGAGCAUUUCCUCAUUUAACCAAACGAUUCUCUGUCGCCAACAUGUCCUCCUUGUCUAAAGACCCAGCUUCGUUGCACAACCCUUACUUCCAACAAAAUCCAUCCAAGAAAGAUGUGUGGACUCUCAUUAACGAAACUGCCGCCGCUGCACAAGAAGAGCUAGGUGCCCCAGUGACCAAUUUGGGCCAGGGUUUCUACUCGUACAACCCGCCAGAUUUUGCCAUCGACGCUGUUUCCCACUCUCUUGCCAAGCCUCAGUUCAAUCAGUAUGCCUCGCCCAGAGGUAACCCAAAUCUUUUGAAAAGCUUGGCUGAAAAAUACUCCAAGGAUUUCGGGCGUACUGUUGAUACCUCGCAAUUGGUAGUGACCACUGGAGCAAACGAAGGCAUGUUCUCUGUGUUCUUUGGGUUCUUGACCCCGGGAGAUGAGGCCAUUGUCUUUGAGCCAUUUUUUGACCAGUAUAUCCCAAAUGUGGAGAUGACGGGUGCCAAGGUUAAGUUUGUCAGCAUCAAACCACCCAAAGAUUUCGGCUCCAGGAACACGACUGGUGAUGAUUGGGAAGUCGACUGGGAAGCCUUAGAGAACGCCAUCACCCCAAAGACAAAAAUCAUUGUUAUCAACACUCCACACAAUCCAAUUGGCAAGAUAUUCAAUGAGGAUGAACUUGUACGCAUAGGAAAAUUGGCAAUCAAGCACAACAUAAUUCUUCUUUCCGACGAAGUAUACGAGAACUUGUACUAUACCUCAUUCCCUAGACCAGCUGCUUUGCCUGUAUUGCCUGAAUUGGCAGACAGAACUUUGACCGUGGGAUCAGCAGGAAAGUCCUUUGCAGCUACCGGGUGGAGAAUUGGCUGGAUCCAGGGCCCUUCUGAAUUGAUCCAAUAUGUGGUCUCUGCUCACACCAGAAUCUGUUUCUCGGCCCCGGCACCUUUGCAGCAAGCAGUUUCCGAAGCCUUGAGCCUUUCUGGUGAUAACGGAUAUUUCGAAACCACUAGAAAAGAUUACUCCAAGAAGUAUGAGUUGUUCUCGGCGGUCUUCGAUGACUUGGGCUUGCCGUACACCGUGGCCCAGGGUGGCUAUUUUUUGCUUGUCAACUUCGAGAAAUUGAAGAUUGCAGAAGACUACAAAUACCCUGCUGAUAUUGAAGGCCGUGGAACAAAUGACUACAAGUUGGUCUACUGGUUGAUUAAGGAAAUUGGUGUGGUUGGUAUUCCGCCCACCGAAUUUCUCCAACCAGGCACUAGGAAAGGAAGCCCCUUAGAGAACUCUGUUAGAUUUGCUGUUUGCAAAGAUGAUGAGAUUUUGCAAGACGCUGCAAAGAAAUUGCGGAAGUUGAAGAACUUUUUGUAGUAAAGUGAGACGACACAAAUGAACAAUAUAGAAUAUACGCAGUUUCUGCCCAAACUUUUACUCAAUCCGCCCUAAUAUACUUCUUGAAUAUG